AUGCACUGGGUAUGCUUAUCAUCAAUUUUCAUCUGUUUUAUGUCAUUUCUGCUGUCUCGGUACUAUCAUCUAUUUUCGCCCAAAGUCCUUCCCCAAUCCUCCAAAGCAAUGAGUACAGCCGCACAGUUCGCGUUCAGAGUUCAAGAUUCGCAGACCCCAGUGUUUUUCUGGAGUCAUGGAGGUCCAACCUUCAUGUACCCUGAGGAGGAAUUUGGUGGAGAUCGUGGAGCUUUCAAAAAAGUGAAAGAGAUUGGAAAGAUCAUCAAGGAAGAGAUUAGGCCGGAUUUCCUGAUAGUUGUUUCUGCCCAUUGGCAAUCCAAGGGACCAGAUCUUGUCGAGGUUGGAUAUUCUAGCGAGUCACUAUCCAGUAAAAGCAAGAAAUUAUCGUCCGAGGAGAAUGAGCUGAUUUACGACUUUUACGGGUUUCCUGAUCACAUGUACCGUGAACAAUUUCAUUCUGUGGGGUCCCAGGAAUUGGCCCAGCACAUUUCUCAAACCCUGGGAGAUGGCGGCCUCAAGUCAAAAGUGGUGAAACGUGGAAUAGACCACGGGGUUUGGGUUCCUUUUAAAGUGGCUUUCACCGACUCAAAAUCGCAGGAUUCUGGUGUGUACGAUGUGGACUUUCCACUGGUGCAGGUCUCGCUCACCUCCUCAUCGAACUUCGACGUUCAUUUCAAACUCGGGCAACUUUUGGCGCCUUACCGGAAACUGAAUGGCUUGAUUGUUUGUUCUGGAAUGUCCGUGCAUAAUUUGCGCGAUAUUGGUCUCUCAAUGGGAUAUCCUGGAAAGGUGAUGCCAUAUGCUGAACCUUUCAAUAAGGUGGUAUCCAACAUUGUUUCAACCGGCACGAGAAACACGCUCCUCGGGAAAUUUGAAGAACUGGAAACGAAUCCAGAACUGAAGAAGUUGUACGCCGCUUCUCAUCCUACUGUCGAGCAUUUUUUGCCUCUGGUGGUGGGCGCUGGUGCUGCUUUAGACGAUAAAGGUGAAGUGCUAUACUCCAAUUCCGCCUACAGUUUGGGCUGGGGAAUGUUUAAAUGGGGAAAGUGA